AUGCCCAAGAUGUCCUGGCAUUUGUUUUCUUAUUUGGUGCUGCUGCUGCUGUUUGUGCUCUUGACAUGCUGUGGCAGUCAAGCCGCGGGGAGUAUCCCAGGGACGGCCGUUAAUUUAUUCACAGGGACGAAACCGAUAACUGGUGCCAAAUGGGAGGAAAUGCAAUGCGUUGAAGGGUCAGUUCGCUCGCUUCGUGUCCCCAGCCUUGUGGAGGUGGACGGUGCUGUGUUUGCCGUUGCUGAGGCCCAGUGCAAGAAUGGAAGCGUCAGCUUCACUGGCAUCUUGUCACAACACCUCAAGGGAAUUGGAACAGAACCGACUGAGAUUCCGAUGGGU